GGCGCGGCCACGUCGCCAGUCCGCGUCGCGUCCCUGCAGCCGCGCCAGCAGCCGCGCCAUGCCCGCCGCCGGCUCAGAGCUGCCGCGCCCGCCGUCUCCUCCCGCCGCGCAGGAGCAGGGCGCCGAGCCGCCGCCGCCGCACGGGGAGCUGCAGUACUUGGGGCAGAUCAAGCACAUCCUCCGCUGCGGCUUCCGUAAGGAUGACCGCACCGGCACCGGCACCCUGUCGGUGUUCGGCAUGCAGGCGCGCUACAGCCUGAGAGAUGAAUUUCCUCUGCUGACAACCAAACGUGUUUUCUGGAAGGGUGUUUUGGAGGAGUUGCUGUGGUUUAUCAAGGGAUCCACAAAUGCUAAGGAGCUGUCUUCCAAGGGAGUGAAAAUCUGGGAUGCCAAUGGGUCCCGAGACUUCUUGGACAGCCUGGGAUUUUCCACCAGAGCAGAAGGGGAUUUAGGCCCAGUUUAUGGCUUUCAGUGGAGGCAUUUUGGGGCUGAAUACAAAGAGAUGGAUUCAGAUUAUUCAGGUCAAGGAGUAGAUCAACUGCAAAAAGUGAUCGACACAAUCAAAACCAACCCUGACGACAGAAGAAUCAUCAUGUGUGCUUGGAAUCCAAAAGAUCUCCCGCUCAUGGCCCUCCCCCCGUGCCACGCCCUUUGCCAGUUCUAUGUGGUGAACGGUGAGCUGUCCUGCCAGCUGUACCAGAGGUCGGGAGACAUGGGCCUGGGUGUGCCCUUCAACAUCGCCAGCUACUCCCUGCUGACCUACAUGAUCGCACACAUCACAGGCCUGAAGCCAGGUGACUUUGUACACACUUUGGGAGAUGCACACGUUUACCUGAAUCACAUCGAGCCACUGAAAAUUCAGGGGCGAGAGAAUCAGUCAGCAGCAUUGAAUAGCCAGGGACAAGCUUCAGCGAGAACCAAGGCCUUUCCCCAAGCUCAAAAUCCUUCGAAAAGUUGAGAAAAUCGAUGACUUCAAGGCUGAAGACUUUCAGAUUGAAGGCUACAAUCCUCACCCGACUAUUAAAAUGGAAAUGGCUGUGUAGAAUGCUUUUAAAGGAGUUGUUUGAAGGAUAUUUACACUCAGGUAAAAGUUAAUUUUGCUCUAAAGGAGAAGGAACUAGGUCAAAACCUGUUGGUGAUCUAUCAGUUAUUCAUUAACUUUUAAGGAUGUUGCACUGGCAAAUAGAGCUGUGCUGGUUCUCUUAGUAAUCAAAGGCCUUGAGUUUGGGUAACUCACUGAAGAUGUAUGUAAAUGUAGAGACUGUGAUUAAUGACAGAAAAGAAAAAAUGUACAUACUCCUUAUUCAGACUUCAUAGUGUUUUUAUGAAAAUGGUCAGUGAAUUUCAAGUGUUAUAUAUAUAUUCCCCCAAAUUUGGGCAAGCUGGAUAACACCGUCAGUCAUGGUAAUGCCUAGUGUGGUUAUGAACAUUUAAAGUUGUAUUUGUUUUAUAUCUUGCUAUAAUAAAUGUUUUGCAUUUGUGUUUUUUUAAAGUCCAUGUUGCCAUCUGUCUGCUCAGUUCCUGCCUAAAAUAGAUUUACCCAAACCCUCCUGAAUAAACAUACACAUGCUGUGUUCUUGUUUAGAUGCUGUCUAGAUGGGUCGGGUAUAUUUUAGAAAUGCUGACUAAGCUAUAUUUCACCCUACUUUUCUGUGAUUCAUCUA